AUGGCAGGAAAGUCAUCACUCUUUAAAGUAAUCCUCCUGGGAGAUGGCGGAGUUGGGAAGAGCUCUCUGAUGAACAGAUAUGUGACUAAUAAGUUCGAUACCCAGCUCUUCCAUACCAUCGGUGUGGAGUUUCUAAAUAAAGAGCUGGAGGUAGAUGGACACUAUGUGACCAUGCAGAUCUGGGACACGGCCGGCCAGGAGAGAUUCCGAAGCCUGCGGACGCCCUUUUACAGGGGCUCUGACUGUUGCCUGCUCACGUUCAGCGUCGAUGAUUCUCAAAGCUUCCAGAACUUGAAUAACUGGAAGAAAGAAUUCAUAUAUUACGCCGAUGUUAAAGAGCCCGAAAGCUUUCCUUUUGUCAUCCUGGGUAACAAGAUCGACAUAAACGAUCGGCAGGUGUCUGUGGAAGAAGCCCAAGCCUGGUGCAGGGACAACGGCGACUACCCUUACUUCGAGACAAGCGCGAAAGAUGCCACCAACGUGGCAGCGGCCUUUGAGGAAGCGGUUCGGAGAGUGCUUGCCACCGAGGAUAGGUCGGAUCAUCUGAUUCAGACUGACACUGUCAGUCUGCACCGCAAGCCCAAAACCAGCUCCUCUUGCUGUUGA